AUGCUGCACUAGACGGUUCAUUCAAAUUUGAAAGUUGAUUGUUACUAAACAUGUCUGGAAGAGGCAAAGGCGGUAAAGGACUUGGAAAAGGAGGUGCUAAGCGUCACCGUAAAGUUCUGCGUGAUAACAUCCAGGGAAUCACCAAACCCGCUAUCCGUCGUCUCGCUCGCCGUGGUGGAGUCAAACGUAUCUCUGGUCUGAUCUAUGAGGAGACUCGUGGUGUUCUUAAGGUCUUUCUGGAGAAUGUUAUCCGUGAUGCUGUUACGUACACCGAGCACGCCAAGAGAAAGACCGUGACCGCCAUGGAUGUUGUGUACGCGCUGAAGAGACAGGGACGUACUCUGUACGGUUUCGGAGGUUAAACGUGUUUAUUAUCAUAGAAAACAACGGCUCUUUUAAGAGCCACCCACGUUUUCAUAAGAGAGUAAUUUGAGAGUAUUAUGAAUUUAUAUGUUCCAUUAUCAUUAACCUGUACAGAAUUUGCAUUGAUAAACAUUUUUUGAUAGCGGGCGUUAUUAAAAAGC